AGUGGCAUCGAUCUGCCAUCUUGGUGCCAAUGACGCCUCUGGUCACAUGAUCAGCAUCGAUUCUCACUUCCAUUGAUGCUUAAUAUAGUAAGCUGGGAAAACAAGCCAAACGUUGAUUGUUAAGUACAGUUUGAAAAAGUCGGACAUAAGUUGUGGGAAGAUAAGGAAUUAGGUGCUGUCUGUUUUGACCUCACGGUGAGUUAUGUGGGACAGUGUCUGUGGGCUUUUUAUAGCGGCAGUGGUGGCGGUGUGUGUCCACGGGCGCGUGCUGGACGAAGGCAUCUACAGGGACUUCUGGGACCAGCCCCCGGCAAGCUUCUACAACAGACUGAAGGCCCCUUUGUACUACGGCGGAUACAGCGAGGAGGAGGCCGAGGUACCGGAAGCCCUGCAACAGGUGGUCGGAUGGCCUGUGGCGUCCAGAGAACGGCAUCUGGGCCAGGUUGGCGGGCUGGCUGUGGACUCCAAGGGUCGCGUGGUCGUCUUUCAUCGGGCGGAGCGCCGCUGGGACAGCAGGUCGUUUGUGGGUGAUAAGAUGAGCCAGUCAUUAGGGCCUAUUAAGGACGACGUGUUGCUUACGCUACUUCCGGAGUCCGGAGAGAUCCUCUCCACGUUCGGGGCUGGACAGUUCUACAUGCCGCACGGGCUGACGGUGGACGGGGAGGACAACCUGUGGCUCACGGACGUCGGCCUCCACCAGGUGAUGAAAAUCCCAAGAGACUCGACGACACCAAGCCUGGUGCUGGGAACCAAGUUGGAGCCCGGAAAUGACGUCUCACACUUCUGUAAACCAACUGACGUCGCUGUGGCGAGCAACGGAGAUUUCUUUGUGGCCGACGGGUACUGUAACGGACGGGUGAUGAAGUUUGCUGCACCUAACGGGACAUUUCUGGCUCAGUGGGGGCACGAGUCGACAACCGGUAUGUCGCCGCCCGGUGAGGACGAGUUUCUCGUGCCCCACAGUCUCGCGCUGAUCGAGAGCCGCGACCUUCUCUGUGUUGCCGACAGGGAGCACGCCAGAAUUCAGUGUUUUGACGCGGGCCUGAACGGCACAAGGCCGGGUCAGUUCCGGAAGUCGUUUAUGCCAAACAGGGGAACCAUCUACGCCAUCGAGUACGAUCCAAAUGGUGACGUGCUGUACGUUGUUAACGGGCAUGGAAUGGAUGACAUCAUCGAGGGAUUUACGCUUGACCUGGACGGCAACAUCCUGGAGACGUGGGGACCACAGCGCAAGACGUUUGACGAGCCACAUGACGUCACCGUAUCACGUGACGGAAUCAACGUAUACGUGGGCGAUAUCGGCACGCAGCCGACCGUGUACAAGUUUGACCGACCCAUUCUCCACAGUGUCGACCCGCAACUGCAAACCCUGGGCUAGAUGCCAGGAGAUAUCUUGCUACCGAGAACACAUGCGGAAACAUACAAUAUACUUAUUUUAACAUUUAACUUGACGGUAGCCAACGCAUAAAUUGACCACCAUGAAAAUUUGGGCAAACGUUUUGGUGAAGCAAAAAGCUUUUGCCCGCAUUAUGAUAUAUAAUAUCAGUAACUUGAGCGGUCACACAUGUCGUAAUCAGGGAAUUUCGGUAAUGUCUUUUCUACUUCUUAAAACUAUAAAUAGGACAAAUCUGCUAGAAAUGAUGCAUUUCAGUCACGUGUUCUUGUAUCUGAUAAUCAUACAAAUAUGUUAAAUGACAAGUUUGAUCAGUCAGAUUAUAAGAUAACUGGAAAAUGUCAAAAUAAAACAAAUUACAUUCCGAUGUUAAUGAAACAAAUGAAUACAAAGACAUGUUUUACAGAUGGUCGCUCAGAAAAGUUGCUAGUAAAAUACAUUAUGAACAUCAAUUUAUAGAUGAUGAAUUAGAUACCUAAACUACUUUGUUGUGUCAUUAAAUCAUAAAUUAAAAAACUAUGAAGUUUUGUGAAAGGGACAAAUAAUUAGUCUAACACACAUUUGUUUUACUAAUUAGUUGAGUUUUUGUCUUUCAGAACACUGAAGACAGUCCGCGAUCUAAGUUGAAUAUUAAUUGUUGCUUUGGAAGAAAUAGCUUUAAGCCUUACUGUUAUUAUUCAUAAAACAUAGGACAAAUUUCCUUUUCGACUAACUUACAAAUUGGGGAUACAGAAACAGUAAUGAUAAACAUUAACAGGUUCUAUUUUGAUAAUUAUAUUAAAAAUAUUUGUAAAUGUAUAAUUGUUUAUUUUUUUAAAUAAAGUUUGUUUUGUUGUC